CAACACGUCAGAAGGACUCAACAACCUCCGCUUGAGCACCAUUUUAUGUAGGUAAUAAAGGUAGCGACCAGACAGUAGAGACAGCAAGAGAAGAAGGGCGGUACGGGACACGCGGACGGGCCGACGUCAAAGAUUGGGGGUUGUAUUGAAAACGGGGCUUGUAUCAAGCAACACAAGGACCCUUGCUGCCUACUGCCUUGCGGCCCCCCGGCCCUUGCCUUGGCGGCAAAGCACAAACGGGAGAAGGACGACGCGGCACAGUCAUGGGUUCGCGGGGCAAUUCUGACUCCAACUUCACCUGACCGCCUAAACCAUUGUCGAAGGGGAAUCGCAUCUCUGAUCGAUCGCGCGUCAGACUCCUGCCUGCGUCAUCCUGUAGCCGUACGCUACUGCGACGUUUGUGCGCCGCUACGGUAAAUUCGAGCUGAAGCCGGCAACGUCUUUGCGCGCGCUAAGUCGCGACACUUGGACCGCCAUGAAGAGCUUCAGCAUGAACAAGGUGCUGGGUAGCAUCAAGAGGCGGCCAACCUUUGCCGGUUCCGAGGAAACAUCAGCAGAUCCCGGGAGCGGCACCCCGGAAGCCAUCGCCGAGCGCUGUGUGAGGCAAUUUUGCCAGUCAGUGGGAAGCGCGACGGUAUGUGUCGCAGUCCACUCCAACGUCGGUUUACUCAAGAAGACGUAACUGAGCGUCAAAUCUGUGCGCAAUUGUAGGGCGACGAUGUCAUAUUCCUGCCUUCGAUAGUCGAGGCUGCCGUCGCGUCUCCCGCCGCCGCCGCCGAAUGCGCCCGCCUGAUCCGCAAGUACAUG